UGAACACUAAACAUUAUCAAUUUCUUUAGUAAAGAGUAAAUAACAUGUAUUUUCCGCACACCAACAACACUUUGAGGUAGAUUGUACUGGGAGAGAGUGAUUGACCCAGUCUCACAGCCAGCUUCCAUGCCUAGGGUAGGAGUUUCCUGGUUUCUAGGCCAACACCUUAACUAUUGUACCCGACAGGCUAUUCCUUCCUUCCUAAAUUAUAAUUACAGAAUACAAAUGCCAGUUUAUCACACUUUUAACUUUCAGCAGUUAGAAAGUACAUUAAUUAGAACCUUGUCCAGACUUUAAUUUAAACACAAAUUCUAGCUAGGUUUUCAGAUUGAAAGGACAAGACUUUUGUAUGCAACUAAUGAUAACACUGAAUCAGCUGGUUUGAGCCUCUCAUCUAUAUUUCAGUUGCUAUCUACUGACAGAGCAGAAAUAUCUCCGGGUUAGGCUGCCUACAAUUGCUCUGAAUAAUAAUUUCCAGAUGUAAUAUGACUUGCUUACCAGGUAGAUGGCUAAGGCCUGUAAGGCUAUGUCUCAAACAGAUUAGCUGUUCACAAUGAGGAUGUAUUACUGAGACAGGUAAAAAGUCUUUUUUCCCUUACCACCGUUGCAUCAUCUUCAAAUAUUUUCUUUUCAGCCAACAGAGCAAUUGAUUAUGGAAGCUCACAAGGGAGGGGAUAUGUACACUCCAAACCCAUUCUUGGGCACACAACCAUUACAAUUGGAUGGGUGUGGUAGUUAUGUAAAUAUAUUCAAGUAAUGAUUUUAUGCAUAAGGAAUUAAAAUACACUGUUGAGUUUAUCAGCUUGCUUAUGAUAAACAUCUCAGGACACACAUGUGGAGAUGAUCAAAGAACCAGCUUUGAUAUUCCAUUGCAAAAUUGGAUAUGUAUAAACUUGUGGUCAUUGCCUAAGGAGGGCAUAAUGUAGACUAGGUUGGUCUGCUCUAACCUGCCGGUAAAUGUUUUGAUAAUGUGUUCCAUGGGGAGAAAUUCAUGAAUUUGUAGAAACUUUAUUUUAGCACUACAUGGGUGGGAAGCUCUGAGCCUUUUCUCCUACAACCCACUAAAUUAAAUCCCAUGCAAAAGUAGAGAGCAAAGUAUUUAAUUAGAAAUCCAUUUGUUAUGUAUAAUUUAAACUUGUGACAGCCAGUGUAUCUUGCACAAUUUGAAUUGCUAAACACAUUUCCUAACAAUUUCACUGACAUAGGAGUUUCCUAUUUCCAGAUAAUUUGAAGUUUGAUAGUUUCACCUCCACAAAAGUAUAACCCUGCAACAGCACAAAAAGGGACAUGGUAUCCCUUAACGUGUGGCAAGCAUGUCCCUUUGAAUGUUUUCUGUUUAAGAUUAUAUAUUUUAUCCAUUAGUCCAUUGUCACAGAUAAGACUGGAAAGAAAAUAAAAGUGGAUGAAGUUUGGUCCUAUCCUGCAAUAAGAACUUUUCAACAUGCAUGUUCUACCACUAUUGGUUAGGUAAUUGUAGAUAUCAAUUGCAUUAAGAUAUGCAUGAGUUUUUAUUUAUUUAUUAAAAUUAUAAAUUUAAUGAACAUAUUUUACAUUACAUUACAUAGCAGCAAUUAUCAGCCCCAGCUCUAUUGCCAAAGCCAAAAGAGGGUGGCAGAAUGUCAAGUCACCUUCAUCUUCUCUAAUCUAGUAUGUUCCUAAACUGAUCAGCCAAAAGCUUCUUGGAAUCCCAUAGAAAGGCAAUAUUUUAUUUUGUGAUCUCAAAAAUGUUUUAUUUAUUUGUUAUAUUUAUAUAGCCACCCAUCUUGCAAUCAAGUGACUUAUGCUGUAUGGAUAUAUAGGUCAGUGAUGGCGAACCUUCUAGACAUUGAGUGCCCAAAGUGCACGCACACCCAAACUGCAAGGCGUGAGUGCAUGCAUGUGAGCACCGUGCACACACACCCCACACAUGCACAGCAGUGACUCAAAGACCAGUUGACCGACGGGAGGCUUGCGUGCAUGAGCAGCAGAGCUGGGGCAAAGGCACACAUGCCCACAGAAAGGGCUCUGCUUGCCACCUCUGGCACAUGUGCCAUAGGUUCACUACCACUGAUAUAGGUACUGUAGUCCUCAAUAUAUGACCAACAAGCAGUCAAAAAUGGCCUCAUAAAAAGUAACUCAUGACUUGUACACAUAUUUAUGACUAUCGCACCACCCCUGCAAUCAUGCAUCACAAUUUAGACAUUUGACAACCAGUUCAUGUGUACAACUGGUUGCAGUAUACUAUGGUCAUGUGAUCACAAUUUGCAACCCUUUUUUUCAGUGGUGGGCUGGAUUCACUUAAUGGCUGCAUUGUUUGCUUAAUGUGAUUUAGUUAAUGUCCGAGGUGAUUUAUUUAACCAUUGUAACAAUUGUCUUAAAAUUUGGACCGAUUUAACUUAUGACAACAACCACUUAGGAUGGAAAUUCCGGCCCCAGUUGUGAUUGUAAGUCAAGUACUACUUGCAUAAAUACAGUCAUUCUUUUUCACCCAAAAAGUAAAUCCUAUCUUUCUGGAACUACUGCCAGAAUAAAACGGAGUUAUGGAUCCCUAAGAAUACACUAUGUGCAAUGACAGGUCUUUUCCACAUUAAUGAAAUGUGUGUCUCUUUUCCUUAAGACCAAUCUUUUGUGACACUAGCCACAAAUGAUUCCUAUGUAAAAGGAGCACUUGUCCUUGGAUCAUCGCUACGGAAUUACAGAACGACAAGGAAGUUGACAGUAUUGAUCACUCCCCAUGUAUCGGAGGCAAUGAGGACAGUCUUAGAAAAGGUCUUUGAUGAAGUGAAGCUGGUGGAUGUUUUGGACAGUGGUGAUUCAGCCCAUCUUGCACUAUUGAAAAGGCCUGAACUUGGUGUUACUUUGACAAAACUCCACUGCUGGGAACUAACACAGUAUUCAAAGUGUGUGUUUAUGGAUGCAGACACAAUGGUCUUGUCAAACAUCGAUGAACUUUUUGAAAGAGAAGAACUUUCUGCAGCCCCAGAUCCAGGCUGGCCUGACUGUUUCAAUUCAGGAGUUUUUGUCUAUAGGCCUUCCAUUGAAACAUUCAAUCAACUGUUACAACUUGCCACAGAAAAAGGCAGCUUUGAUGGUGGGGACCAGGGUCUGUUGAACACUUUCUUCAGCAGUUGGGCAACUACAGAUAUUAGCAAGCAUCUCCCAGUUAUUUAUAACUUAAGCAGCAUUUCUAUUUAUUCCUACCUCCAGCAUUUAAAGCGUUUGGGAUGAAUGCCUAAAGUUGUGCACUUUCUGGGCAGAGUGAAACCAUGGAAUUAUACUUAUGACUCCAAAACAAAAAGUGUCAAAGACGACGCUCAAGAUCCCACAAUGAUUCAUCCAGAGUUCCUCAAUAUUGGGUGGGACACUUUUGUCACAAAUAUCUUACCAUUAUUACAGCAGCAUGGUGUAAUCAAAGAUGCAGCUACUGGUGUAAAGGCGGAAGAGGUAACAGAGGCAGUGUCCCACCUGUCACUAUCAGCAGCAGCAAUGCCACAUUCGUCACCAUCACCACCAGCUAUGUCCUCAGAAGAACGUAAAGAAAAAUGGGAGCAAGGUCAGGCUGACUACAUGGGAGCAGAUAGCUUUGACAACAUCAAGAAAAAAUUGGACACCUACCUCCAGUAAAAGCACUUGUAUUUGCUCCCCCAAAUAUCAGCAAUACAAGGACUUGUUUCAGAGCUGUAGCACUAGAAAAGUCAGCUAGGGUCAGUUAGGUUUGCCAGAAGCAUUGCCACUGCUCAACUGAAGGUUUUUUGAUAAUACUGCAGGUAAGAACUGAGCAAAAGCUGUUUAAGUAUGAAUUCUUGUGCCAAUCAUGUGUCCAACAGUCAGAUUUUUUUCUUUUGCUCAAAAACCCAUGGAUAGCCUGCAAAGAACCUGAGAACAGGACACUGAACUGGCCUGAAACUUAGACCUAAAAGACUGUGCAUUACCUCUCCCUUCCUUCCACACAUGCACCACCAUACAUUCUGCUUGCUACAAUAAUGGCUAGAGAUUCAGGCAGCUAUAACAGAAGAGCCUUACAAUACUAGCAUAUGUAUAUGCAACUGGGUAACUGUAAAGUUACCUUUCUGCCAGUUCCAGCCAUUUCCAGCCAUUUCUGACCAGAUUUCUAUGCACAAAACUACAGCAUGGCAAAUGCUUUUGUUCAGUUCUCUGUAUGACUGACAAGUAAAUCUGUGAACUGUAAUGGCCACUCAAAGUACAAAAUAAAGCAUUGUUGAAAGUUUGUCAACUCAUCAAGUGGCAAUAAAAUCUGUGACCCUCUGAA